AUGUCAAACGAUUACACUUCUCAGAGAAAGAAUGGUGCAGUUGACUACUCUUUGAUGGUUAAUGAUGACUCACGAAACGGUAAUUUCAACAAAGUUUCGCAAACCUUGGCUCCAGACCUGAGCGAUGAAGGGCGUGGAGACUCUGCAGAGGACACCGGGAAUACCAUAUCCUGCUCAUCGGAUUCUGCAUCGUAUUCCGACCACCAAAAAAAAUUGCACCACACGUCACUGAACGAUCCCAUACAAUUCACGAGAAUAUCUUCUUCGUCGUUACUCAGCGAUUUUUCAUCGACGAAUAAUAGUACCUGCGAGACAGACAACGAGCUACUGAGAGCUCCAUUUCAAGCCGAGAGCAAUGAUCAGUUUAAGGGAAGCUUCAAGCAUGCCAGAACAACAGAACUGUUCGAUAAUUCUACAUCAAUCGGGGAUUACACCAACUCUACUAUCCGCAUGUCCCAAAUGGAGCAGCAAAACAGUACGACGAUAACGACAACACCUAACACUAGCGGCAGUCUAGUGGGGAAUACUACGGAAACGCCAGUGCAUGUUUCUGGUUCGAGGUAUCAACGUACAGAGAGUGGGGGCACUUCCACGUACAAUAAUAGCCGCUCGCUGUUGCAUUCCGCUAUGUGGAACGGUAGCGAUAGAUCUCCUCCUCUACUAGAGUCCGUAGCGGUAGGCAGUACCAUCCCAACGUCAUCAGCGUCAAAGUCAAGUGUGACCACGCCAAUGGAAAAUGUAAACAAUAGAUUCACUCCAGGAAGGCAGGUGAUCGAGAGUCCGUCGAAGUUUGGGCACAGCAAGAAGAAAUCAGGCAAUAUCAUGAAGGAUGUAUUCUCUUCUUUUGUUCAGAGCAUCAAACGAAGUUCUGGCUCAGAAAAGAAUGUUUCCCCAAACCAUCUGUCGAUAUCAACCCCGUACAAUCCACAGCAUAUCCACCAUGUUGGGUUUGACAGCACCAGUGGGCAAUAUAUUGGCUUACCACCAGAGUGGGAACAGCUGUUAGCGUCAAGUGGUAUAUCUAAACUGGAGCAGGAUAAAAAUAUGGGGACCGUUCUUGAUAUUGUACAAUUUUAUCAAGAUGUUACGGGACAGAAUGAUACGGAUAAAGUGAUCCAUACUUUCCAGCCUUACCAUAUAACACAUGAUGAAGAAGAUAAUGAAUUUCGUGCAUCCACGCCGACUGAGCAAAGCUCCCUCGUGAUGAAUGAUUUGAAACCACUCAGAGCGGCCCCUAAGCCACCAGGAUCGCGAAACGAAAGCAGUGUCAAAACAGCGCGUUCUGCAAUGUCGGAUUUACUACCGGACCUACCCCCUCAAACAGAACAAAAAAAGGUGCUGAAUUCGCACCAGCAGCAUACCGAGGGGAAGAACACAUAUACCUUCCCCUCCCACAAAAGAACAGAAACCCAACACACAGAUGUCCAAAUGGGACAAGUCAAGCAACAGCAGAUCGCAGGCCGCGAACUUCAGACGAAGAAGUUUUUCACGAGACUGAUGGCAGUCUGCUCUGUCGGUGACCCACGUACAAUCUACGUCGACUUGAAGAAAAUUGGGCAAGGUGCAUCGGGUGGAGUUUUUAUUGCAAAAUCGACUACAAACGGCUCAUACGUGGCAAUCAAGCAGAUGAACUUAGAGAAACAACCCAAAAAGGAACUGAUCCUUAACGAAAUUUUAGUUAUGAAUGAGAGCAGACAAGAAAAUAUCGUUAAUUUUAUAGACGCGUACCUGCUGAACGAUGAUCUUUGGAUAGUGAUGGAAUACAUGCAAGGCGGGUCUUUAACUGACGUGGUGACAUAUUGUUUGUUGAGCGAGGGUCAGAUAGGAACUGUUUGCAGAGAGACGUUGAAGGGUCUGAGGUUUUUACACUCUAAAGGAGUUCUUCACAGAGACAUCAAGUCUGACAAUAUCUUGCUCUCUUUGACAGGGAACAUAAAGGUCACAGAUUUUGGAUUUUGUGCGCAGAUAAAUGAUGACAAUGCAAAGAGAGUAACCAUGGUUGGGACGCCGUAUUGGAUGGCACCUGAAAUCAUCUCCAGAAAAGAAUACGGUCCUAAGGUUGAUAUUUGGUCUUUGGGUAUCAUGGUCAUUGAGAUGAUUGAGGGUGAGCCGCCAUACCUGAAUGAAACACCAUUAAAGGCUCUAUACUUAAUUGCCACAAAUGGGAAGCCAAGUUUAAAGGAACCAGAGAAGUUGAGUAAAACAUUCUUCCUGUUUUUGGACAAGUGUCUUGCUGUUGACCCAGAUAAGAGGGCGGAGGCAACAGAUUUACUCAGAGAUCCAUUUAUUACAGACUGUUCCGAUGCCAUAAGUUCCUUAGCUCCUCUUGUCAAGCUGGCCCGUGAACACAAAAUGCAUAGCGAAAGCUCAUCCUAG